UGCCGCACUGCAGCGAUACAAGCUAAAAUUCAAAGCCUGAGCUUAAGUCAAGGGAGAAAAGGAACUAAAGGAAAAGGUUAUAGAAUACUAAAAUAGACACAGAUGAAGAAGCAAGAGGAAUUCUAAGUAACCUGAAUCUAAAAGCUUUCUUUGUAUUGCAGAAAAUGUAGAAGGACUAGACAGAAUCAUUGUCUGGCUAUCCUGUUUUUCAAGUACAUUCACAUCAUCAUGGAAUGUGUCCAAAGAAGGGCAGCGAAGCUGGUAAAGGGUCUGGAGCACAAGUCUUAUGAGGAAAAUCUGAGGGAGGUGUUUGGCCUGGAGAAAAGGAGCCUAUGUGGGGACAAACACCUAUAACAACCUGAAAGUGUGGUUCUGGCCAGGUGGGAGUCAGUCUCUACUCCCAGGUAAUAGGGGACAAAACAAGAGGAAAAAGAAGUUGUGCUGAGAGAGGUUUAAAUUGGAUAUCAAUAAAAAAUUCUUCACUGAGAGGGCUGUCAAGCAUUGGAACAGCCUGCCCAGGACAGUGGUGAUGUCACCAUGGUAAUUAGAUGUGUAGAUGUGGCACUCGUGGAUACGGUUUAGUGGUGGGCUUGGCAGAGUUAGGUUAUUAAUUGGACUCAGUGGUCUUAAACUUCCUUUUCAACUUAACGAUUCUGAUUCUGUGACCAAUUAACCACUUCAGUAAUCAGAAUUUGCACAACCUUUCAAAUGCCAAACUGUCUGAUGCAUGAUGCUAGGAGAUGUGCUGCAACUCACAAUGGAGCACUAACCUUGGGUAGGAAAUAUGUAAUUAGAGGGUUGAUUGUCUUUCAAAGCAGAGAUUUCUGUCUCUAUCUCCUCUAUUCCAGACAGCUAUUAAUAUUUUCUAACAAGGUUUAAGUCUUUCCCAGGCUAUUACACCUUUUAGAAGCACCACUGUGUUAUCUGCAGCUUCUCUGAGUAAAAAAUAAUUUCUAUUUAUUGUCUUCUGUCACAGUUGUCUAUUUUCUGGGGUCUUAGGAUGAUAGACAAAAUUAUUACUGAAAAACAGGAAGGAUUUUGAAUGAUGUAUGUUAUUCUUCUAAUAAAAAAUUGUAAACAUUUUUUUCCAGAAACAUUGUAGUAAUGCUCUAAAAUAAGCAGUUAUUAUAUUAUUUUAGUAGCUUGCUCUAAAUUGUUAGUCUUUUUAGAGCAGUAUUAUAGAAACUAGAACUAAAAACUGGUGUUAUAGAAACUAGAAUUCUUGUCAUACAAAUAGAAAUGUAAUUGCAGAUCAAAUCACUCCCUUGCUACACUUCUUUUUUAGCCUCUCUAUCAUAGAACAACAACAACAAAAAAGAAAUGAAAACCAGAAAAUGACCCAUGCCUGCCUCAAAAUGAAAAUAGCAUUUAUGACUCUUGUUUAUGUAUAGUUUUCCCAGUAAAUAAUGCAGGGCAAUUCUGGUUUUGUAGCUUUUUGUGUAUAAGCUUUAACCAGCUCAAACUACAAGGUGUUGCAUUGGGGAAAAAUAUGAUAACACAGUAGAUGAAUGAAAUCGUAGAGUCAGAGAAUAUCCAGAGUUGGAGAGGACCCAGAAGGAUCAUCGAGCCCCAGCUCCUGGCCCUGCACAGGACAGCCCCAAGAGCUGCACCAUGUGCCUGUCCAAAUUCCUCUUCAACUCUGGCAGGCUUGGGGCUGUGACCAAUUCAUUAAUUGGGUGACAGUGGAAGCAGUAAAGAGUGUGUACAACUGCGCAUUUAUUAAUUGGAUGACAGUGGCAACAGUUACACGGUAAACUGUGGGAACUGCUCAGCUGAGCAGCUGCAGAUGUCGAGAGGCAGACGAUGUACGAUGUACGUGUGGAAGCAAGAGCACGACAGGAGGGGACCUGGAAGAGCUGUCCAAGUUCAUCCCACCGAAGGCUGAGGCCGCAGCCAUGGCAGCGCUCCGUGUCGUCCCAGCAGGAGAUGACAGGUGGAAAUGAAUCCUGUACUGCAGGACCAACAUCUAUGUCCUACUUGGCUUGCCUGACUUACAUUCUGGAAGAAUGGACUGGUGUGCAGGAUAUUGGAGAUUAUCUGAGUUAUGCAGUCUACAUUUUAUGGCUGCUUUUUCCACUUGUAGUAGUCUUUGUACUUCCAGGAGUUCUCGUCAUUCUCUUCUACGUUUCCAUUCUCUGGCUUCAUAUUUAUAAAAGGAAGAAUGAAAUAAAGGAGGCUUAUUCCCAUGAUGCUUGGGUAGGUGCGAGAGAAGUUUUGGCAACCUUAUGGGAUGGGCAUGGAAGAUUAUGGCAUGGUUAUGAGCUUCAUGGUAUUGAAAAUCUUCCUCAAGGACCAGGACUUGUUGUAUUUUAUCAUGGAGCUACUCCUGUUGACUAUAUUUAUUUCUCAGCUAGACUUCACAUAAUGAAGAAGAGGCGCUGCAGAGUAGUAGCUGAUCAUUUUGUCUUUAGAUUACCAGGUUUUAGAAUACUAAUUGAUGUACUUGGAGUUAUACAUGGACCAAAAGAGGUUUGUGUCAGGACUCUGGAGAAGGGCCAUCUGUUGGCCAUUGCCCCAGGCGGGGUUCGGGAAGCGCUCUUCAGUGAUGAAAUGUACACGAUUCUGUGGAGCGACCGCAAGGGCUUUGCUCAGGUGGCCAUUGAUGCAAAAGUGCCCAUCAUUCCUAUGUUUACACAAAAUGUUCGAGAAGGCUUUAGGACAUUAGGAGGAAUAAAAAUACUUAGGUCGCUGUAUGAGCGUAUUAGAUUGCCGGUAGUUCCUCUGUACGGGGGCUUUCCUGUCAAGCUACGUACAUUUAUUGGAGAACCCAUUCCAUAUGAACCAAAUAUGACUGCUGAGGAAUUAGCUGCAAAGACAAAAGCAGCAAUCCAAGGUCUCAUAGAAAAACAUCAGAAAAUUCCAGGAAAUAUAUUCAGGGCUUUAAUGGAACGAUUUCAAAGGCAAAAGAAAGAAGAUUAAGGUUUUCUAAACUUAAACUUCUAUAAGUACUAUUCAGUUAUAACAUUCCUAAAGUCACAUACGUAAAUUAUUCAUUCUUCUAAUAAUAGGUUUUAGAUACUGUCCUAAUGAUAUGGCUGUAUAAUUUAAGAUAGAAGUCACUUGCCCUUUCCCCUGUCCAGUAUCAAGCUCGGGAACCCAAACUUCAAAUCAUUCAUAAUAGAGCAAAGUUUAAUUUUUUGGAAGUGUCUGGGUUGUUGAUUCUGGGUUUGUUUUGGGAUUUUUUUCCAAAUAUUACUGCAAGCCUUUAUGUAUAUGGCCUGUCUUCCUUUUUGUCUGUCACUGUCUCCCAUCCCUACCAUGAUGGAUCUCUAACCUGAAUGUCAAACCCUCUGCAGAGCUGCAGUCUUAUUGUCUUGACCUUCAUCAGUGUAAGGAGGUUUUGUGGGCCAGAUGAAUGCCAUACAACAUGGAUGACAAUUUUCCUGAGAUUGUUACUCUCGCGCUGCUGGGAAACAGUCCGCCGUUUUUGGCCUGCAGAACCCCUAGCAAUGGCUGCAAAACCUGUAUUGCAAAGUGUUUAGUUUUGCUGGGUUAGCUCAGAAAGGGCUCAGGGGAGUGAAUUGAUUAGAGAACUACAGUGAUCCAGAAAGGUUUGUUAUGGAAACCACACUGAUGCUCUGAAUGAGAACCCUACAACACAAAUCCUAUUCCAAGCCAAGGCACGUUGGAUAUUUUCCCUUGAGUAGAGACAUGUCCCAUUUAUCUCUCAGCAAAUCUACAAAUUGUCUUUUGAAACAAUGAGCCAAGCAUUCAAACAUCAAGAAGUAGAAAUGAGAGUACUAUUUAGUAACAUGAGCUCAAUUUUUUUUUUUUUUUUUUUGAUGGAAAGAGAAAAUUGUUACAGCACUGUAAAAACAGUAGUUCUUUUGAAAAACAGGACUGGCAUUCCCAAGUACUCUUUAGAUUUAGUAUGUGGAUAAACUAUUAAAUAUAUUCUUCAAACAGUUAUUUAUGUAAGUUAAAUAAUGAAGGAGAGGGAAGUUCUGUAUACUUUCCUUAAGUGAAAACAAUUGAAUCAACCGGAGAGAGUUGCAUGACUGGGCUUUUGUGCACUUAAAGCAAAUUUUAUUGUUAUAUCUUUUCUUAGCUAAAGCCUAUGGUUUUAUUGUCCAAAUAGGAAAUAUCUGAAAUAUUUCUGCUUUCUAGGAAUUUUAAUCUACAGUUCUUAAAUUAACAUCUGGGAAUUUUUUAGUUCUGGGAUGAGGACAAAUUCCUUCAGAAAAUACAGAAGAGUUUUUUGCUGUAUGAUGUGAUGGCCUUUCAAUAUUGUUGGAGUUUGACCUUUUCUUAAAAAGAAAAAGAUAUACCUCCUCCAAAAAACCCCAACAAAUAACCAACAUUUGAAGGAGCAGUUGUAUUUGAUGUAGUAGUCAUUCCUCUCACUAUUUAAGCGCAUACUUUGCUUUAUGUUCUUUUAAAUGUGUAAAUUAGUGACAUUGCAUAAGUGCAUGUAGGUGAUGCCCUAUGUUAAAAAAAUAUCACUUUAUGGGAAAUUGUCUAUCAAAUGUGGUUUACAAGAAGCAAAAGGCUUACUUACUUUGAUGCCUAGAGAGGCUGCCUGGAACAGAGGGUAGACAGAGUUAAAGGAAUAAAGCAGGUAUGUAUUGAAGGGCCUUCAAAGGAUACACCUUGGGCAGUACAAGAGCCUGGCUGUGGCUCUGCCCAAGAUGGAUCCAAGAUGGACCCAACAUGAACAGCCAGUCACGAGGUUUCACACUUUUAUAAGUUUUGGUCCAUUUACAAAUUGGGGUCAUUGUCCAAUUACAGUUUCAGGUUAUGAAGUCCCAUCCUCCCAGAUUGCCCUCCUCAAUUUGCUGUUGUUUACACUUUUUGGGCCCUGAAGCUGCAAUGGUGUCCUUGGUUCCCAGACUGGAAAAGGAUUGCUUUGUCUAACUAAACUGUGAAGAGAACUUGCUAACACUUUAUGUGAAGUUCAGAGUCACACACCAAGGUAGUACAGAAUCUGGAAAAUAUGAAAGCUAAAACUUCAGGCAUCAACUUUACGAUAUUAUUUUAUACCAAAAACAUUUUAGAUGGUGGUAAAUUUUUUAAAACUUUAGGAAGAAUCAUGGUAUAUAAAAGCAAAUGCCCAUUCUGAAGUUUUUAAAUUACUUGGGUUUUACUUGAAGGCAAGAUUGUGUUCCUUUUAAUUUAUUGGACUGUGUUUCAAAAAUACUGUUAACAGAUCACGUCUUCAAAAGCAAUAAUGCUAAAUUUCUGCAUUGAAGUAUAACUUAAGUAUGACCUUUUUUUUUCUGUCUAUCUUGAGAAAAAUGUACAUCAGUCUAUGUUGUGAACAUCUCAAAGGCAGCUGAACAUCUUUUGUGUUGAGGCUGCAUAUAUGUAAAAGAGAACUCAAUCUAAAAGGUUCAUUUAGACACGAAUGGACAUUGUUAUCAGAGAUUUUGUAAAAUUUAUUUAAGUAUGUGGGCUAUUUGCUGCAAUUUUGUCCCUUUAAGUAUUGAAAGAUGAAGGGCAGUAUUGGUACUCUAAGUGUUCUAUUUGUAUAGGCCUUUCAUAUUUAUUUCUAUAUAUUAAAAAUAUAUAGAAGGCACCUUUUGAAUAAAAUUGACAACUGGAACAGA